CUUGUCUAUUUUUGAAUGAAUUCCGUUUGUAGCUCUUCUCCCUUCUCUUCUUCUUCUUCUCUCAAUUUAAGGUUUAUUCCUUCAAAUUACCGGACCGGUUUUGUGAGGAUUCCAUCUUCUACAGGAACGAUGGCGAUUUCCGGUGCUCCUCAGACCAAGAUCAUUACCGGUGAUUUGGGUUAUGUUCUCGAAGAUGUUCCUCAUUUGUCCGACUAUAUUCCCGGUCUUCCUACACAUGUGAACCCGUUGCAGGACAAUCCUGCAUACUCUGUUGUCAAGCAAUAUUUUGUUCAUGUGGAUGAUACUGUUCCACAGAAGGUUGUUGUUCACAAAAAUGGUCCAAGAGGAAUACAUUUCAGACGAGCUGGACCUAGGCAAAAGGUGUUCUUUGAAUCAGAUGAAGUUAAUGCCUGCAUUGUGACCUGCGGUGGCCUAUGUCCCGGACUCAACACAGUGAUCAGGGAGAUAGUAUGUGGACUCAAUUACAUGUAUGGUGUGAACCAGAUUGUUGGAAUCGAUGGAGGAUAUAAAGGUUUUUAUUCAAAAAACACAAUCAGUUUGUCCCCAAAAGUAGUGAAUGAUAUCCAUAAACGAGGUGGAACUAUACUUGGAACGUCGCGAGGUGGUCAAGAUACCCAGAAGAUAGUCGACAGUAUUCAAGACAGAGGCAUUAAUCAGGUCUACAUCAUUGGCGGAGAUGGAACACAGAAUGGAGCAUCUGUUAUUUUUGAGGAAAUAAGAAGACGUGGUCUGAAGGUGGCAGUUGCUGGAGUGCCCAAAACUAUAGACAAUGACAUUCCUGUUAUCGAUAAGUCCUUCGGCUUUGAUACAGCUGUGGAAGAAGCCCAACGUGCCAUUAAUGCAGCACAUGUUGAAGCUGAGAGCGCCGAAAAUGGAAUUGGUUUGGUAAAGUUAAUGGGCCGCAACAGUGGAUUUAUUGCUAUGUAUGCUACCCUUGCAAGUCGAGAUGUGGACUGUUGCUUGAUUCCCGAAUCACCCUUUUACCUAGAAGGAACCGGAGGACUUUAUGAAUAUAUAGAGAAACGGCUAAAGGAAAACAGUCACAUGGUUAUAGUCGUAGCCGAAGGAGCAGAGCAGGAACUUCUAUCUGAAACCUCAAGCAAUUUAUGCGAUGCUUCCGGAAACAAGGUUCUGAAAGACGUCGGCCUCUGGAUAUCUCAGAGUAUCAAGAAUCAUUUCAAGGACAAGAUGACGAUUAAUCUCAAAUACAUAGAUCCUACUUACAUGAUCCGAGCUAUUCCAAGUAAUGCAUCAGAUAAUGUUUAUUGUACUCUUCUGGCUCAGAGUGCGGUUCAUGGAGCAAUGGCUGGAUAUACUGGAUUUACGGUUGGUUUGGUGAAUGGAAGGCACACAUAUAUACCCUUCUAUAGAAUAACAGAGAGACAGAACAAGGUAGUUAUUACAGACAGGAUGUGGGCAAGGUUGUUGUCUUCAACAAAUCAACCGAGUUUUACAAAUCUGAAAGAUGUGAUAGAGACCAAUAGAGACGAUGAACCGCCACCAUCUCAGCUGUUGGAUGAUGCAUCGACAGAUAAGAAGUUACUUACCAAGUAAGUAAAUUAGACGAGUAGUUUAAACUUAUCCAGCAGCAAGUUCACAUACAACAAACUCGCUAGUUUAUGUUUAUUUUGUAUGAUUUGAUUUAUAGAGUAUAAAUCCCAAUUGGGUUGGGAGCUUUUGUGUGAUUAUGAUACACACCAAUAAUAACAAAUUUCACACUUCACUGUA